CUGUGAGUAAUUCAGCGAUCAUUUCUUUCCUCUCUUCAGGCAGCGGUCGUAUUCAUCAUGUAUAACAGUAUCAGAAGCAAUGGUAGUUGUGAUAGUAGUCGUGGUAACAGAAGUGAUUGCAGUAGGCAGAAAAAAGUAACAAGUGGUAGUUGUCGUCGUCGUCGUUGUAAGGGGAUAGAAUAUCACGGCGCCACUUUGGUCAGUUCCCCCAGGUCUUGAUGGGUCCUGACGCGGGCCUUGAACUCUGUUACAGUCCACU